AUGGAGAUUGAUUCAACAAAUCAAGAAAAUCUUAGUGUUUUCACCAAGUGGUGGAAUAAGAUUAAGGAUAUUCCACGAAAAUUGAAAAAAAAAAUUGAAAAAAUUGCUAAAAACACAAAGCAAAUUGGCAAAGAUGAUCCAAGAAAAAUUUGGCAUGCCUUUAAAGUGGGAUUAGCUCUCACUUUAGUUUCUUUAUUCUAUUACACUGAACCACUAUUUCAUAACUUUGAUCAACCAGUAAUGUGGGCUGUCCUUACUGUGGUGGUUACUUUUGAAUUUACCGCGGGUGCAACCAUAUCAAAGAGCAUAAAUAGAGGAAUUGGUACAGCACUAGCUGGUGCAUUUGGUCUUGGAGCUAAAUACUUAGCUGAAUUAAUUGGGAGAGAAGGGCCAAAUCCUAUAAUUCUUGGGGUUUUGGUCUUUAUUGUAGGUGCUUUAGGUACAUUUACAAGAUUUUACCCUCAUAUUAAGAGGAGGUAUGACUAUGGAACCAUGAUAUUUGUCUUGACCUUCUGUUUGGUUGCGGUCUCUGGUUAUCGAUCAGAAAAUAUUUUUCAAUUGGCUCAUCGAAGGAUAUCCACUAUUCUUAUUGGUGUCUUCACUGUCAUGAUCAUCUCCAUGAUUAUUCGUCCAGUGUGGGCCGGAGAAGAUCUUCAUAAGCUUGCUAGUACCAAUCUUGAAAAGCUAGCAAGCUAUCUAGAAGGAUUUGGAAGUGAAUAUUUUCACAUUUCUGAGAAUAAAAGUGUUGAAGGUAACAACAAUAAUGAAAAGGGAUUUCAUGAAGCUUUUUUAAGUAUUCUUGGUUCUAAGGCCACUGAGGAAUCUUUGGCAAACUUAGCAUGGUGGGAACCCCCUCAUGGAGGUUUCAAGUUUAAUCAUCCAUGGAAACAAUACUUGAAGAUUGGUAGUCUUGUUAGAAAAUGUGCUUGCCAUCUUCUAGCUCUUAGUAGCCAUAUAAACUCAAAAUCUCAGGCACCAAAUGAAUUUGAGAGGAGGACAGAAGAAGCAUGCAAAAAAAUGAUUAUGGAAUCUAAAAAUGCAUUAAAAGAACUUGCAUUGUCCAUUAAAACUAUGGCACAACCAAUUUCUUCGAUACUUAUCGAGGAGCUUGCGAGCAAAGCACGUUUUGAGAAGAAGAGUACGUCGCCGCCUCCACCAUCCCGGUCGCAUUGGCCACAUAUAUUGCACCGUGGGACCGUGAAUCCUAUUGUGGAGGAUGACGUGGAUGGUGGUGAUUUUGUUACGAUCGAGAUAGGUGACAAUGUAGAAUCAAAGGGGAAAGUUGUAGUAGAGGAGGUGAAUCCUAUUGUGGAGGAUGACGUGGAUGGUGGUGAUUUUGUUACGAUCGAGAUAGGUGACAAUGUAGAAUCAAAGGGGAAGGUGGUAGUAGAGGAGGUGAAUCAAGUGAGUAAUCAAAUAAAUGCAACAAAAGAGGAAUCUUUUGUUAUUUGGAUACGUGGAAGCACCGCAGUGGCAAUAGUGGAAGAGAUGAAAACGCCAAAAAAUAUAAGAGAUUUUAUGGACUUAGUUGAUAUAAAGCUUUAUAAUAGCACUCAAUUUUUCGAAUCAACUGAAGGAGUACUAACAAUCCUAGAGGGGGUGAAUCAAGUGAGUAAUCCACUAGCUGUGACAGAAGGAGAACUUGUUGUUAGUGGAAUACGUGGAAAUACGACAACAACAAAAGUGGAAGAGAUGGAAAUGACUAAGAAGAAAGUAGAACUAACAGACUUAGCAGAUAUAAAGUUUGAUAAUAGUAUUCAAUUUCUCGAAUCUAUAUUGAUGACCGUAACAACAGCAGUGGAGGAGAUGAAAACGACGGAGAAAAAGGAGAGUUUGUAA